AUGACUUGUUCUUCAGGAGGAUGGACGGUGUUCGUGCAGAGAGACACUAGAGUUGAUCCUGCGGUGAACUUCAGGAGAGACUGGGAGGCCUACAAGACCAGCUUCGGUAACGCCUCCACAGAGUAUUGGUUAGGGACGGAGGCGGUGCACCAGCUGACGCAGCCCUUGCCUCAGACGCUGCGUCUGGCCGCCACAAACAGGUACCAACAGGAUGAUCACCGCUGGGCGCUCUGGUCCACCUUCAGCGUCGCCAGUGAGAGUACCGGGUACGAGCUGCUGGUAGACGGGUACCAGGAAGAGAGUACCAUGGGGGAUGUCCUUGUGCACGGAAACUUCAGUGGAAUGAAGUUCUCCACCAUCGACAGAGACAAUGAUCUCGGGUCAAACUCUAGUCAGGAGCUUCAUAUUCCAGGAUUGGUCUGA